AUGGCUUUGCUUUUUCUUUUGCCCCUAGUCAUUUCCCUGAGUGGUGUUUCAGCCAUUGAAUUAGCAACUGAGCCAAUAUCUCCAUCUCAUGCAUUCCAAGAAAACAAACCAAUAACCCCAACUCCAUCUCAAGCUUUUCCUGCAAGUUCUGAACCUAUAACACCAUCUCAUGAUUUGCUUGAAAUUGAGGCAAUAACCCCGACACAAUCUCCUUCCCCUGCAAAAGAGCCUAUAACACCAUCUCAUGAUUUUCCGGAAAGCAGGUCAAUGACCCCAACCCCAUCUCAUGCUCCUACAAAUGAGCCUAUAACUCCUCAUAUUGUGCUUGCAAGUGAGCCUGUAGUCCCAUCUCAUGAUUUGCAUGCAAACAGGGAAAUAGCCCCAACCCCAUCUCCUGCAUUUUUCGCAAAUGAACCAAUAGCUCCUCAUGCUUUCCUUGCAAAUGAACCUUCUGCUGAUGACGAGUCAGACCCCCCAGUUGAUUCAGUGUCUCACAUUCGAAGCUUCUACAGUUCCAGAAAGAUUAACAUUUAA